AUGUCGGGCCGGGCCAGGACUCUAAGCCGAGGCAGAAGCCAAGCCCUGGACAUCUCACAGCCCGUGGCGCCAGGAGCAGCUGCUGACAUCCCUCGCCUUUGCGAUCCACCCCCAGGGAGACCCUGGGUGGAGAGGGUGAUCACACUGCCUAUGCCACCUCACAAUGGGGAGAGUCACGGCAACUGGGAGUCCAGCCACCACAGCCGGGAACCCAGCAACAGCCACCCAGAGGCUGGUCACCACAGCUGCGAACCCAGCAACGGCCACCCAGAGGCUGGUCACCGCAGCCAGGAACCCAGGUACGGCCACCCAGAGGCUGGUCACCACAGCCGGAAACCCAGGUACGGCCACCCAGAGGCUGGUCACCGCAGCCGGGAACCCAGGUACGUCCACCCAGAGGCUGGUCACCGCAGCCGGGAACCCAGCUACGGCCACCCAGAGGCUGGUCACCGCAGCCGGGAACCCAGCUACGGCCACCCAGGGCCGGGCCACCGCAGCCGGGAACCCAGCUACGGCCACCCAGGGCCGGGCCACCGCAGCCGGGAACCCAGCUACGGCCACCCAGGGCCGGGCCACCGCAGCCGGGAGUCCAGCUACGGCCACCCAGGGCCGGGCCACCGCAGCCGGGAGUCCAGCUACGGCCACCCAGGGCCGGGCCACCGCAGCCGGGAGUCCAGCUACGGCCACCCAGAGCCGGGCCACCACAGGCUUGUGCCAGGGACGGGAGGUGAAGUGAUUAAACUACAGACAAACCAUUACCCAGUAACCUGUGGCCAUGAAAUCGCAUAUAAGUACAAUAUUGAUUACCAACCUGACAUAAAGGAUAUGGCUAUUCGCACAGAUUUACUGCUCAGACAUAAGUCUAUACUUGGCAACUGCCACAUAUUCGAUGGAAACUCAUUGCUCUUACCUCGGAGGCUACAACAUUUGGAAAUGGAACUUGUCAGCCAGACUGAAAGUGAUGGCAAAGUGCGAAUCAGGAUCCGGCUGUCCAGUGAGCUCCACCCCAAUCACCCAGAAUGGCUUCGCUAUUACAACAUCCUCUUUUCAAAACUACUGAAGCUGAAUAACAUAGAAGAGAUGGAUUCAAAUCCCAGAGACCUCAGAGACCUCAGAAACCUGCUCCAGGCCUCAAGAAUGGACAUCAAGCGUAGCUACACUACUUCCAUCCUACCGUAUGAGAAGAGCCUGACCCUGUGUGCUGACGUGACGCACAGGCUGCUCCAGAAGAAAACUGUGUGGGACCUCAUAGCUGAGAAGAAUGAUAGCGUCACGAAAGAGGAAGAAGUCUUUGAAGAGGUGGUGGGAUCCAUUGUUUACACCUCGUACAACAAUAAAACCUACAGAAUCGAUGAUGUCAAGUGGGAGAAGAAACCUAAAGAUACAUUUGAUAAAUUUGAUGGCAGCAAGACCACCUACAUAGACUACUACAUGAAGCGGUACAACACCAGCAUAACUGAGCUGGGUCAGCCACUCUUGAUGAGCUUGGGCAAGUGGAAGAAGGGCCAGACGUCUACACCUCAUGAGCCUAUCUUCCUGGUCCCUCAGCUGUGUUACCUGACAGGUGUACCACGUGCUGUAUCUGAAAACCAUAGCCUAAUGGCGCAGCUCACUGACAGAAUGAGAAUGAGCCCAGUGAAUCGGAGGAUCGCACUGAACAAUUUCAUGAACGACAUUCAGACAAACCAGAACAUAAAAAAUGAGUUCCUGCAGUGGAAGGUGACAUUUGAUGGCAACAGUCUGUCUGUGCCAGGAAGAGUUCUGAGCUCAGUCAAGCUUUUCCAAGGUGCCCGGUCGUACACAGUCAAACCACACCUACAGAACUGGCUGAGGGACUCAAAGAACAUAGCCUUGCAUAGAGCAAAGUCCUUAGAUCGCUGGGUGAUCCUGCACACCAGGAGCUGCUCCUCCCAGGCCAACCGGCUAGUGAGCACACUCGAGAAGGUCACUGAAAAAAUGAAUAUAAAAAUGUCACGGGCAGCCAGGCAUCAAGUCAAUGAGGAUCCUGGCUCCUUUAGGCAAGCAUUACAGAAACAUAUUUCAAAAGAUACUCAAAUGGUGGUGUGUGUGCUGCCUGACAACAGAAAGCAAAGAUACGAGGAGAUAAAAACAUUUCUGUGCGUUGAGAACCCAGUCCCCAGCCAGUGUGUUGUAGCAUCGACCCUGAAUAAUGAAAGGAAUCUCACUACUAUAGUCACCAAGAUUGCUCAGCAGAUGAACUGCAAGAUGGGAGGUGCCCUCUGGAAGGUGGACACAAGGAUGGAGAAGACGAUGUUCAUUGGAAUUGAUUGUUUCCAUGAUAUUGUGAGCCGGCAGAAGUCAGUCGCAGCGUUCGUGGCCAGCACCAAGGAAGACUUAACCAUGUGGUACUCCCAGUGUCUCUUUCAGGAUACAGCAGAGGAGAUUGUCAAUGAUCUGCAGAGCUGUCUGCAAGGGGCCCUGAAUUCCUGGGUCGCAAAUGAAAAGCAGAAACCCCAGAGCGUGGUGGUAUAUCGGGAUGGAGUUGGGGAUGGCCAGCUACAGGCCCUGCUGGAAAAGGAGGUUCGGCAGUUCCAGAAGUUCUUCACCUCUAGCAUCAAGCUAACAUUCAUCGUGGUGAAGAAACGGAUCAACACCAGAUUUUUUGUUGAAAAUGGAGAUGAAGUUACGAAUCCGCCUUCAGGAACUGUUGUUGACCAAAUAGUGACCAGGAAAGAGUGGUAUGACUUCUAUAUUGUGAGUCAGACUUCCAACAGUGGCACCGUCACACCCACUCAUUAUAAUGUCAUCUAUGACACGAAGGGCCUGACUCCGAACCAGGUUCAAUGCUUGACCUACAGACUCUGCCACAUGUACUACAAUCUGCCGGGUAUCAUCCGAGUCCCUGCUCCAUGCCACUACGCACACAGGCUGGCUUACUUCGUGGGGAAGAGCAUCCACCAGAAGCCAGCAUCAUCGCUGUCAGACUAUCUCUACUACCUUUAGCUACACAGGAAGCAGUGACAUCAAAACCCACAACUGACACAUUUUUUUCUUACAUUUAUUUUUCUUUUCCAAGCUGGGUGUUUUCCCCCUGCCCUGCCCCCAACAGUUUAAUUUUUUAAGACAUGAAGGGGAGGCACGAGAUAGCAAAAUUAGGGAUGUGUUGGCACGUGACAUUUGGUAAGUGAAUAGAAACAGCGCCGUGAGCUAGAUACGGGAGAUUUUCUUACUAGCACUUUGAUGGGGAUGGAAAUGCAUAUGCACG